AGGCGUGUCAAUCUAAGGGGGCGUUUAAACGUUAAUAACUCACCAAUGUCUUCAUUCUAGUCAGUCCUUAUGCAAGAGCAUCGAAGGUAUUACGCGUCAAAAUGGCCCAAUCUCUACUCGACUCGAUGCCUGGAGCUUGCACUGGAACUGUGUCUGUAACGGAUCACCUCAAUUUUUGGGGAGGGAAAAGAGUCAAGCCCCGACAAGAGUCCGAUGCAGAGCCCGUCUUUGAACCAGCCACGGGGCGGGUCUUGUGCCAGAUGUACCCGUGUGGAGCUGAGGAGGUGGAUGAGGCUAUUAAAAAUGCUUACGAGGCGUACCUGAUCUGGAGGAAGAAGGCAGGAAUGGAGAGAGCACGAGUGAUGCUUGAGGCUGCAAGAAUUAUCCGGGAACGAAGAGAAAAGAUUGCAAAGCUGGAGGUAAUUAAUAAUGGCAAAUCCAUCACUGAGGCUCUGGUGGACAUUGAUAUUGCCUGGCAGUGCAUUGAGUACUACGCAGGGAUGGCAGGAACUCUUGCAGGUCAGCACAUUCAGCUUCCUGGAGGAGCGUUUGCCUACACUAGGAGGGAGCCUCUGGGUGUGUGUGUGGGCAUCGGGGCGUGGAACUACCCUUUCCAGAUCGCAGCCUGGAAGUCUGCCCCUGCUCUGGCCUGUGGUAACGCCAUGGUGUUCAAGCCAUCCCCCAUGACCCCCGUGACUGCUGUGAUCCUGGCUGAGAUCUACAAAGAGGCUGGGGUCCCGGAUGGACUCUUCUGUGUGGUGCAGGGAGGAGCCCAGACCGGGACCCUUCUCUGUCAUCACCCCAUGGUUGCGAAAGUCUCCUUCACUGGCAGUGUGCCAACAGGCAAAAAGGUGAUGGAGAUGUCCUCCAAAACGGUGAAGCAAGUGACUCUGGAGCUCGGAGGAAAAUCUCCACUCAUCAUUUUCAAAGACUGUGACCUGGAGAAUGCCAUAAGAGGCGCUCUCAUGGCUAACUUCCUCACACAAGGAGAGGUUUGCUGUAAUGGGACCCGAGUAUUCGUGCAGAGAGAGAUUUUGCCUCAGUUUUUAGAGGAGGUGGUGAAGAGGACCAAAGCCAUUCGUGUGGGUGACCCUCUGCAGGAUGACACUCAGAUGGGAGCUCUCAUCAGUAAGCCCCACCUGGAGAAAGUGCUGGGCUUUGUGGAACAGGCCAAGAAGGAGGGAGCCAAAGUGCUUUGUGGAGGAGAGUCUUUUGUCCCCAGUGACCCCAAACUCCAAAAUGGGUAUUACAUGUCACCGUGUGUAUUGGACAACUGCAGAGAUGACAUGACUUGUGUCAAGGAGGAGAUCUUUGGCCCGGUGAUGUCGGUGAUGCCUUUUGACACAGAGAAGGAAGUGAUCAAACGAGCUAACAACACAACCUUUGGAUUAGCCUCAGGAGUUUUCACCAGAGACAUUUCAAGAGCUCAUCGUGUUGCAGAAAACUUAGAAGCUGGAACUUGCUUCAUCAACAACUACAACAUCAGCCCCGUGGAAGUGCCUUUUGGGGGUUACAAAAAUUCAGGUUUUGGCAGAGAGAACGGGCAGGUGACAAUCGAAUACUACUCCCAGCUCAAAUCCGUUAUUGUGGAAAUGGGCGAUGUAGAGAGCAUCUUCUAGCUUUCUAACUCUUUUACUAAGAAUGUUGUCCCAAUAAAACUCACUGCCAAAAAUGUUUAGUUGCACAAUACUAACUACAAUAAGUAACUUUAGGCUAAACCACCACAUUUGUUGCUCUUGCUACUACACUAACCUUGUUGUAACCGAAUAAAAUACAUUUUCUGUUC